AUGCUUGGAAAUUUCAUAAUAAUUGUUACGCUCAUUCUAACACUUCCACGAAUGCGCUUGCUUCAGAUUAUAUUGAAGGUCUCUUCAAGAUUGCCCUCAGAAUCAUACGAAAAGUUAUCUAAACUAAUCCAUGCUAAGGAUAUUAUUGGUUUCUGUUAUUCAAUUGGGAUCAUAUUAAUUUUUAUAUUCACAUUGCAAAUAAAUCGCUUAUUUGAAAUAUAUAUCAGUAUAGUAGUAUUUCAGAUGGAUAUGCUGUACAUGAAUUGUGUUUGUGUAUUAAAAACAUGUUUUACAAAAAUCAAUGACAAUCUGAUCAGCAUGAGAACAUUCAUUGCAAACAAUGAGCUACGUGUCUCUAAAUUAAAUUAUCAUAACCAUCAGAGAAAUCCGUUUCUGAUCAUGGAACUCAAGGAUUUAAAGAAGCAACAUUUGACGAUCUAUGAUACAAUACAGAUAUUGAACAUAAUCUUCAGUCUACAGCUUCUUGCUACAGUAGUCAUGACCUUCUCUCUCGUCACUAUCUGUAUAUACUAUUACAUAUUAGCAUCGAAAUAUAUGCAUACAUCAACUAAAACAAAUUUUUUGGAAGGUUUAUUACUUCAUAUGCUUUUUAUACUAUUUAUGGCAUACUUUUUUAUAAAAGUAUUAUUGAUAGUAUGGGCCUGCGAGACGGGUAAAAACCAAGCUCAACAAAUUAGCACUUCCAUUCAUGAUGUAUUUAAUACUACCACCGAUAAAAAAAUCAAAGAUGAGUUACAACUAUUUUCUUUACAAGUACUUCAUUGUAAUAAUACAUUUUCUGCAAAAGGUUUUACUAUGGACGCAAAGCUUCUCGCUGCGAUAGUGAGUAGUAUCACCACGUACGUAAUGAUAUUAUUUCAAUUCAUGUAUAUGUCAUAUUCUUGCCAGGAUAAGACAGCAAACAAUACAGGAAAAAUCUAA